CCCUCCCUCCGUCAACAACUGGACUCCAGCUAUUUGUAUUUUCACUGCUAGCCUGCUAACGAUGAUUCAUUGCGUUCGAAAAAAGCCAAUUUAACCUAAUCUGGGGGACAUUUAUUUUUCUGUCGUGUGCUUGCAACAUACUCCAUCGAUAGCUGGUGCCGAUGUGCAUUAAAUGUGAGCCGAAGGGCCGACGAGAGCGGUGAUAUCUUGUGGCUCACCGUCCUUUAGCCGCCUCGGAGAGCAGCUACUGCUAGCACCUCCGGAGAGAGUUAGCUGGCUGACAGCUGGCUCGGCUAGCUACGUGCCUUCAACAGUAACGUAGCUAAGAUUUACUCCCCGAAACAAUGCAUUCUCUCUGACAUUGAGAGGACUGAUGCCCAGUUGGUUGACACAUUGGAGUAACUAAAACUAGCUAAGGUGCCAUUGAAGAUAACAGGGUGAGCCGUCAUUACACCUGCCGAUGCACCCCUGGUUCUGAUCAGAGCUGCCAAUAUGAUGCCGAUGAUAUUGACGGUGUACCUCAGCGAUGGGGAGCAGGCUGUGACGGAGGUGCCCAUCACCCCUGAGACGACGUGCCGGGAUGUCGUGGAGUUCUGCAAAGAGCCCGGAGAGAGCGGCUGCCACCUGGCUGAGGUCUGGAGAGGCAACGAGCGAGCGAUCCCCUUCGAACACAUGAUGUAUGAACAUCUGCAGAAAUGGGGGCCUCGGAAACAAGAAGUCAAGUUCUUCCUCCGGCACGAAGACUCACCGACAGAGAGCAGCGAUCAAGGGAGUCAGCAGUCUCAGGAUCAGACGAGUCGCAGAAGUGGAAGCAGCGGAGAGAAGAACAGUGAGAACGGGGUGGGGAAUCAGCGUGUGGAGCUCACGCUGUCGGAGCUGCAGGAGAUGGCCACACGGCAGCAGCAGCAAAUCGAGGCUCAGCAGCAGAUGCUCGUCGCAAAGGAGCAACGUCUGCGCUACCUGAAGCAGCAGGAGCGGCGUCAGCAGCAAACCGUUUCAGAGAGCGAGAAGCUGCAGAAGCUGAAGGAUCGCGUGGAGAACCAGGAGGCAAAGCUCAAGAAGAUCCGGGCAAUGAGAGGCCAGGUGGACUACAGCAAGGUCAUCAAUGGCAACCUGUCGGCAGAGAUAGAGCAGGUCAGCGGCCUGUUCCAGGAGAAGCAGGGGGAGCUGCAGUCUGCGGUGCUGAGGGUGGAGCAGCUCAGCCUGCAGCUGGAGGACCUGAGGAGGGGGAAGCUCAACGGCAUUCAGACCGCUCUGGGGGGCCAGGUCAGCGGCGCUGCAGCCCUCGAGCUCCGCAAACUGUACCAGGAGCUUCAGAUCCGGAACAAGUUGAACCAGGAGCAGAACAGCAAGCUGAAGCAGCAGAAGGAUAUCCUGAACAAACGCAACAUGGAGGUGACGCUCAUGGACAAACGCAUCAGCGAGCUGCGGGAACGUCUCUACAAGAAAAAAGCUGAGCUGAACAGAACCAACGGGCCCCCCUCCCCUCAGCCGGCUGCUGGUACUCUGGGCCGCGUCGCUGCCGUGGGGCCGUACAUCCAGGUGCCUGUCCCGGGCAGACAGGAAGGAGGCUACAACAUCCCCCCCGAUCCCCUCAAGCCUCAGACUCUGGGCGUCAAUAACCAAGCCAACCACGGCCGCACCAAGUCAGCGAGUGAAGCUGGUUGGCCUACUUUAGGCAAGUCAAACUCAACUCUGAAGCCUCCUGAGAGACGAAACUCAGGGACUGACACCCAGGGCAAGAGCCCUCCCUCAGGCUCCCCCGUCACUCCGAGUGCAGACAAGGUGCUAGACUCCAAAAUGGUUGUGUCCUCCCCCGCCAUAUCAAAGCCACAGCCGCCUCCCUAUGGCUCCCACCUCAUCUCAGCAAACUCGGCCACCACCUUGGAUCGACGCAAGGAAGUUCCUCCUCCUCCUCGCCCCCUCCUAAACCCCCCAGCUCCAGCUCCGGCUUGGCCCCGCACCCCCGCCACCACCGGCUCGUCCUCGCAGCAGAUCCAGCAGCGGAUCUCGGUGCCGCCGAGUCCCACCUUCCAGCAGAACGCCCCGCUCUUCCCCCCCGGGCUGAGCGAGCGGCUGGACCCCCCCCCAGCUGUGGCAGUGCGCCCCUUCAUCCCGGACAGAGGGUCACGGCCGCAGUCGCCCCGAAAGGGUCCGCCUACCAUGAACUCCAGCUCCAUCUAUCACAUGUACCUCCAGCAGGCAGCGCCAAAGAGCCAGCCGCUCAAACCGGCGCUCAAAGCAGUAUAUGGGAAGCCUGUCCUCCACCCCAGCUCGACCCCCCCCUCGCCUCUGCCUUUCACCCAGGCCGGAGGGGCCUUCCCGUUGCUCCAAGGCCAUCUCGUUGGUGAGGACUCUAUGGACGGAGAAAUGGAUGAUCAGGAGUUCUACCAGCACCCAGAGCCCUUAGCCCCUCCCCCCAGCGUGGAGAACAUCCCACGGCCGCUCAGCCCCACCAAGCUCACCCCCAUGGUUCACUCCCCGCUGCGCUACCAGAGCGACUCGGAUCUCGAGGUGCUACGUAAGAAGCUGGCGAACGCUCCGAGGCCGCUGAAGAAGCGCAGCUCCAUCACAGAGCCGGAGGGCCCCAGCGGCCCCAACAUCCAGAAGCUGCUCUACCAGAGGUUCAACACCCUGGCAGGGGGCAUCGAGGGCAAUGGAGUCAGCGGGUCGGGAGGAGGCAACGGUGCAGGUAACGGAACGCCAUUUUAUCAGCCGGCGAACCCUCCUGCGUAUCUGGGAGGCGACUCGGGGGCGGAUACAGACAAUGGAAACCUCCUCUCUGAGCUGCCGCUUCCUCCUCCACCGGGGGCCGAGGAGCUGGGCGGUCUGACAUCACCGAGUGACGCCAACGCCAACGAGUCGCUGCCCGCGCCACCAGAGCUGGAUCCCGCUGAAGACGAGGAGGCAGAGGACGACAACAACAACAACAUGGGGGGCUCUGAGGCGUCGCUGCCCAGCCCCCUGCUGGAGGUCAGCACUCCAGAGGAGAGCGGCUCCGCCAGCUCACACACUCUGGAGAAGCGUACGAACCUGAAGAAGCCGGACUCUGAGCGGACGGGCCACGGCUUCAGGGUGAAGUUCAACCCUCUGGCUCUGCUGCUGGACGCCUCGCUGGAGGGGGAGUUUGACCUCGUCCAGAGGAUUAUCUAUGAGGUGGAGAACCCGAGCACGGCCAAUGACGAGGGCAUCACCCCCCUGCACAACGCCGUGUGUGCGGGACACCACCACAUAGUCAAGUUCCUGCUGGACUUUGGGGUGAACGUCAACGCUGCAGACAGCGACGGAUGGACUCCACUCCACUGUGCCGCCUCCUGCAACAGCGUUCAUCUCUGCAAGGUGCUGGUGGAAUCAGGGGCCGCCAUCUUUGCCAGCACCAUCAGCGAUGUGGAGACUGCUGCAGAUAAAUGCGAGGAAAUGGAAGAGGGCUUCAUCCAAUGCUCCCAGUUUCUAUACGGAGUUCAGGAGAAGCUGGGCGUAAUGAACAAGGGCACGGUGUACGCUCUGUGGGAUUACAAAACUCAGAAUCCGGACGAGCUGGCGUUCAGCGAAGGAGACGCCAUCACCAUCCUGCGGCGGCAGGACGACAGCGAGACAGACUGGUGGUGGGCGAGACUCGAAGACACCGAGGGCUACGUGCCACGCAACCUGCUAGGGCUCUAUCCCCGGAUCAAGCCUCGUCAGCGCUCCCUGGCGUAAUGUCUCACUCCUCUCUCACUCCUCUCUCACUCCGCUGACCUCUGGCUAACAGCUGGACUUGUGACACAAAGAGCAGAGAACAAACGAGCCUGGUGCUCUGUCUUCUUCCCGCGGCCAUAACCCCCCCCCCCCCUCCCCAGCAAGCAAUGGGCACCAAACUGACACACAUAUUUCCAUGUGCACACACACACACAUGCAACAAAACACUAGCACUCCAAAUGCGAAAAAUCUCUUAAACCACUCCACCCUGACCCCUACCCUCCUCCUCUCAUCCUUUUGCUCAUUCAUUGUCCUAACUUGGUUUUACCGCCGUUAACUGACAGCUGUGUAUUUAUUUGAAGAUAAUAACACUAACUUAUGUUUAAGUAUUCAUUGCAGCCAUGAGUUCUUAAAUGGCGCUGGUCUGUAUGACACUAUGGUAACUGAAAAAUCAUCUGUAAUGGUGAGACAUUACAGGUUUAUGUAAGUAAAUUGUUAUCAAUUUAUUAUAGUUUUUUUUUUAUCCCAAUUUGAUCCCCUUGCAUGAUAAAAACACUGACGCAGAAAAAUGUGCUACGUGUUUUAUCUUGCUAUAGUCUAACCACCAAAGAUGAAUAUAGAUUUAACAAUGUUUUAAUCCUAUUACUCCCUAAGACCUCGCAUAAUUGUUGAGGUGGGGAGUGAGAUAAUCAAUUGAUUUGCUGCUUUCAGAAAUGAAUGAAUAUAAAGAAUCCCUUUUUCCCCUCAAGGAAAAAUAUAAAAAAGGUGUAGAUUCUCAGUAUUAACUACACAGGCCAGUCCGAACAAAUCCAGCGUAUUAAAGCCAAGAUGAACAUAAAUUGACGGCUCACAAAUUGUCAUGAAUUGAAUUUCAUGAACAUCAUUACAUGUUUUUUCAUUCAGUGUGAUCUGUUCAGAUUCUGUAUGCGGGAGUGUUAUGGGUUAUCCAGUUUGUAAUAUGAGAUUUCAAGAUCCAAAUAUUUACGCAGAGUUUGUAUUUUUGGUAAUCUGAUUGUCCUUGAAAUGAACGGCUCAUGCUAUUGUGAUUGAAAUGGGCAACAAACAGUAUUUUGCUUUACCAAAAAAGGUUGCCAAAUUGAGAAGCUGUGUCUGCACAACAUCUGUAGAGUGUGAUCCAAGCUUACAAAUGUAAAUCUAUUAUAUUACUAUACGUAUUGCCGCAUUUAGAAAUAUGAAAAAAGUUGUUCCACAGCGGUGAGGCGGGCAAGAAUCGGCUCCACAGAGACAGAAAGAUACUAUUUAAUUUGUGCUAUUUUUAAGUCGUUACAGUAUGUAUAACCUUUUUUUUAAGCAUUUAUUAUAAGUUGUUCCUCACUUCAGAGUUUUUUUUUCUGACUUCUGGCACUUGACCUUUUAUUUUUCUAUGAUUUCACUUGACCACAUGGCAAAACACGUGCAAGCAGUAUUUUCUUAAUCAAAGGAAACCUGUCUUUUAAUGAAAUUCAGACACUCCACACCAAAAACACUCGCCCAAACCAUCUUACAGGCUUUGUAGACCUCACUAGACAAAGUGAACACUCAAUAUUUAUAACAUUUUCUUAAUAUGUCUCUCGUCAUCUUACGUUGCAGUUCUUUCUUUGAUGCUGUGACAAACAAACCCCACUUUAACUCAGGACCAACACGGUGCUGCAGACACAGUUCCAUCACUCAACUAGUGAUCAUAUUUCUAUUUUCUAUCACCACAAACAUCACCUUCAUUUGUGCAGCGAAACAAAUACACAGUCCAAAUUCAAAUAAAUAAAAUCAGUAAUGGGCAUAAGUAAUUGAUCGAUGAAGAGAUGGUUAUUGUGUUUAGAUUCAGAUUUCGAAUUCGCUACAGACAAUCCUGAAUUGACCCAGUUCUCUUCUUCCAGCUGCCCCCUUUCAGGUCUACACCACUCCAGUAACACUAAUACAUGUGUUGUUUGUCACAUAAUUCAACAUCAACAGUCCAUCAACUUGUUCCUGAACCCUGAGUGACUGAGCGUAAUGCCAAGUGUGCUAGUGGCCCAUGCUUUAUCAUGGCUUCAUCUGCAUAGUGUGAGGAGAUGUGUUAUAUGUCUGUUUGCUGUAUGGAGAAGUGGGCUUGCUGUAUAAACGCUGUACUCACACAUUGAGUUCUGUAAAUGUGAAUAAUAAAACAGAAGCUCUGGCAUGACAAAUGUAUUUCAGUGUCGUAUCCGCAAAAUAAUUCAUCGAAUGCAGUGUUGCAUUUUAUAAAAUGUUUAAAUAUUG